AUGGCCGCCUCGGCUGCCAGCGAGCUCGCUCGCAAAGCUCUUCUCAACGACGCUCGCCAAGAGGAAGCCAUCACCGUCAAUCAGCGCGCCCUCAUCGACAAAAUCCUCGCCAGGUACGCCGCUGAAUUCACCGUCUUCAGAGAACUCCUCCAGAACGCAGAUGAUGCUGGUGCUACUCACUGCGAGCUUCGCUUCGAGUCACAACGUGCCAAAGCGGCUGCUUCCACUGAAGCGGGUGCGUCCACCUCAACCCUCUUACCCGACUUCAAAGCUACGCUCAGCAACUGGGUCUUUCGCAACGAUGGCAAACCUUUCGGCAAGGACGACUGGUCGAGACUUCGAAGGAUCGCAGAGGGUAAUCCUGAUCCGGACCGCAUCGGUGCCUUUGGUGUCGGCUUCUACUCGCUCUUCAGCAUCUGCGAAGAGCCCAUCGUCUCCUCAGGCGACGAGCUCAUGGGCUUCUUCUGGAAAGGCGAUGCCCUCUUCACAAAGCGAGCCAAUAACGCCGAUCGCCAAAACUCACCUUCCGGGAAUCCAUGGACCACCUUCUUCAUGGCUCUCCGUGAACCCUCGCCCUUCCCAGACUCGCCCAUGGCCCUCGCCAAGUUCCUUGCCACCUCGCUCACCUUCACCACCAAGAUUCGCUCCGUCGGCCUCUACUGGGACGAUCACCUUCUCUGCAAGCUCGAUAAGAAGCUCGCUCUCCCCAAGUCCAUGUCCAUGCCCGGCCAUUUGAACGCAUACAGCCCUAAUCGUAUCAUGAAAGUGCGUGACCUCGAAUCCACCGCUGUUCAAAUCGACGUGCAAGCCCUGCAACUGGUCAUCGAUGCAGCAGAGAAGGAAAAGCCCAGAUCCAAGCAAUCGCUUGCGUCCGCGCUUGGCAAGACAGCCGGCGGUGGCUUGACUUCGAUGCUACAGAGCGCUUUUGGCUUUGGAUCUUCAUCCGCAAAGGAAAAGGAAAGGGAACGAGAACGCGAGCUGCAACGACGAAGAGAAGCGGACGCUGCCAAGGAACAAGAGAAACGCCGUCUCGAUGCCACGGCCGCCGCGCUCACGUCCGUCUCGGCCUCGAUACAUCUGCGCAUUGCCACCGCCAACGUCAGUGUCUCUUCAGAUAAAGCCUUCGAAAGAGAGAUCGAACGCAGCACAAAGAAACCACCUCCCAAAGUUACCGCCUUCCACCUCAUUUUCACCGGCAAAGAGGAAUACGACGCCAGCUUCCCCGACGAGAACGACGAAGCCGACGCCUCGAUAUCGAUCACGUCCUCAGCUGUUGCACUCGACAAAGGCGUUCGUCAGAUCUUCUCUGGACUCAUGCCUCGUCUCGAAGACCAAGGUCACGCCUUCAUCGGCUUCCGCACUCAUCAGACCACUGGUUUCAGCGGCCACAUUGCUGCCCGCUUCAUCCCAACUGUCGAACGAGAAUCGCUUGACUUUGUCGACAAAUACUGUGCCCAGUGGAACUCGGAGCUGCUUUCCAUGGGCGGUUACGUCGCACGCGCAGUCUACGAGAACGAGCUGACCGACAUUGGUCGUCUAUGGACCAACACCUUCUCGGACAAGCGACCGGCCAAGCCUGACGAUCCUCUGGCAACAGCACUCAAAGAUCGUGCGCUCCAUCUCAUGCGCUUCUUCACCUUCCGCGCCUCGUCGCCAUCGUCGCGCGUCUCUUCCCUCUUCCUCACCUCCUUCUUCGGUGCAGCACGCCAGAACACCAUCUCGCUCAUGUCGACGCGCGGUGUCAAGCAUUCAGCUGCGGUCCGCAUUCCCAACGCGCUCCUUUCGGACUUCAUCAAGGACCUUGCUGUCAUUCCCCCGGAUCACGUCGACGAAGCUGCCGAUUUUGUGCGAGAAGUCCGCUCCCGCAACCUCGUCCAGGAUAUCACCAUGGACGAUGUCUUCUCAGAGCUCUCCUCGCGCGCUCUCACGCCACUCGAGAUGGUCGCCUGUCUCAAGUGGUGGGUCAGCGUCGCCGCGCAUCCUUCCUACGACAUCAGCUUGCGCUCCAAGCUGCUCAACAAUGCUAUGCUCACCAUUGCGGAUCCCAAAGACGCUGCUGUUCCCGAAAAGAUUCAGCCUCUGAGCUCGGUGCGCUUCUAUCUCAACACAUCUCGUCUGCCCACCGACGUGCCUCUCCCAGACACUUGUCUUUCGUACGAGGUCUCCAAGUCGUUCACCACCAACGAGCUCUCGCGCGUCUUUGGCUGGUCCGAGCUGACGGUGUCGGCGUGGCUCAAGAACCUCGUCCAGAUCAGUGUCCAAGCUCAGCGUUCUGGAUCGACUGCCAUGGCUGAGACAAACUUGCAGACGACGCCCGCCUUUGCCGAAAAGGUGCUUCUGACUUUGUCUCGAGCUUGGUUCGCGCUGCCUUCCUCCCAGCACGACGAGAUUCAGCAGAUCUUGGCCGACGUCACCUGCAUCCCCACUCGCCUACAGAUGCAAAAGCCCAACGAUGCUUACUUUUCCAACGUCUCGCUGUUCUCCGAUCUGCCCAUUGUCGAGCUCCCUACAGCACAAGUCAAAGGCAAUCUGGAAAAGAUGCUCAUUGCGCUCGGUGUGCGUCGCCAUGUCGAGCUGCAGAUGAUCUUCAACCGCCUCGUGGCGGGCGGAGGAUGGUCGCACGUCGAUCUAGUCGCCUAUCUCGCUUCCAAUAAGGACACGCUUUCAGAUCUGGAGAGGGAAAGGCUCAAAAAGACCGCCAUCUUCCCCAAGCACGGCGAGGUGGGCUCUCUCAAGGAAGACGGCAAGCCUCGCAUCGUUCGUUAUCGCGCAUCCGAACUGUACGAGCCUACCGAGGCGCUCAAGGCUCUCCAGUUGCCGGUACUGGACUGGGCCGACAAGCCGUGGAAGCCUAACUCCGACGAGGCUCGCUUUGUCUUUGAUCUAGGCUUGCGACGCUACCCGCCCAUGGAGACCGUGCUCGAGCUGGCGUCCACCUCGUCAAAUGAGGUUCUGCGAUCAAAAGCCAUGGCUUUCUUCUUCGACAAGUUCCACGCGCACUAUGCCAACCAGUACACGCUCUACCGCGCCGAAAAGUACGCUUUCGUACCAGCAAGACUGCCCAACGAGAACAAGCUAGUGCUUCGCAAGCCCACCGAGGUCUUCACGAACGCCGAAGCUGCCGUCAUGGGCUUCGCGGUUGCUGGACCCGAAGUCAAUCUCGCAGAUCUGCCGAAGCUUGGCCUGCGCUCGAAUCCGACAUCAGCGCAAUUGAUCUACAAACUCGUCAACGCGCCGACCAAGGACGAAGCACUGGCACGCAAGAUCUUCGAAUACCUGGCUACGGUGCCCGAAUUCAGUCUGAACGACUUUGCCCAACUGCGAGGCGCCGAAUUUAUUCCUGUGCGUCGCAACAAGCCCAGCGCUGCAGUGGAUGCUGCCGCUGCGAAGGAGUCGUCAUCAUCGUCUGCCACGGGCGAGGUGGUAUUGGUGGCACCCAUGAACUGCUACUUUGGCGGCUCGGCCUCGGACACGCAGUUCAAAGAUGUCUUCUUCUAUUGCGACUUUGGCUCAGUCGCAGGAGCCUUCCUCAAGAACUGCGGUGUUCGAAACGAGCCCAGCAUCGAAGAGGUCGCCGAGCGUUUGGUCAGUGAGCCGCAACGCUUCUACCAGCUCGCCGGCAGCGCGGACGCCUACCUUGGCAUUCUUCGCCAAAUUGCCACGAACUGGAGCCGCAUCCGCACUCCCCUUCGCAAUCAAAUGGCACGCUCUGCCUUCUUGCUUGGCUCGAAGCGUGUCAACGAGAGUAAAGCAAAAGCAAGCGGUCAAAGAACAGGUCAUCUGCUGGACGAUGAUGACGACGAGCAGGACGAAGAGGCAGACGACACUGGCACGCUGGUCUACGCGCUCAAGAAGCCAUCGGACGUCAUCAUUGUCGAUGACGCCAACUCGCACAUGCUCUUCGCUUCGUCGCUUUUCUAUGCGCCACACGAGGAUCUGUUGCAAGAAGGGCUGUACGGGAAGCUCGGCUCGCCUCGCUUGAGCGCAUUGGUCGAGGAGCGCUAUUCGAUCGAAGGACGCGUCCUCAAGGACACCCAGCGCGCUCGCGAGAUCAAAGCGCUCGUCCUCGAACGUACGCCUCUCUUCCUCUUCGAGAAGCGACAGUCUUCUCGUUCCGAGAUUCGCAAGGAUGCAGAGUGGCUCAAGGGGGCGCUGGAAGUCGAGGAGAUCGACGGAGCGGGACUUCGUCUGGUACGAACGCUGCGCUACGACCGAGUGCACGAACAAAACGUGCAAAAGUGCACCGCUACUGCGUCGAUGCGUGGCUCCAAGCUGAUCCUGCAUCUGUCGUCCUCGAUGGAAGUCGACUUCUUCGAGGUGGCCACGUCGCUGAGCAAGUAUCUGCUCACCAAGCAAAGAUUGCAGGAGGUUCUUCUCUACAUGACGCUGCUUUCGACCUCGCUGCGCAACCUCAAGCGCCGAGGCUUCCACGUGGACAAGAUUCUGUCGCAGCGCAAGGCGGAACGAGAAGCUGCCGAGGCCAAGAUGCGGGAAGAUCGCCUGAAAGCGGAAGAGCGAGCUGCCGAGGAGAAGGCGACAGAUGCCAAGCUGGCCGACUGGCGAAAGCAGGUGCUGAGCGUCUUUCCCGACGCAGAUCCCAGCUACGUGGAUCAGGCGCUUCGAAGCCACAGCGAUGCUCACGUCGAGCGCACCACGAACGACAUGCUCAGCAGCAACUAUCCGCGCAGAAGCAAGGAGCUUCCAUCGACCAGCAAUCAGCUCACAAACGACUUUGGUGCACCUUCCGAUCUCCGAGCAGGCGGCGGCAACAUGAAUGCUGGAACGGGCUUCUUCUCUGGCUUCAAGAACAAGUUCAUGCAGGCUGGAGGCAAGCCACGCAGCUCGCUCGCCGACGGGACCAGUUCGAUCGAGCGUCCUGGCGCAGGUUCAGGAUGGCCAGCAGGUCCAGAGGGCAUUGCAGCUGCUGGACGAUCCGAUGAGGAUCGAUCGUUGGGCGCAUUGUCACCGUCUUCGUCCUCGACAGGCAUGACUCGGGCCGCGACAGCUCCGACCAGCGAAGUGACGCCUCUCUCUUCGAUUCAGAACAACGUGCUCAAGGCGAUCCGUGCCUCUCGCCCGGACGCGUCUUCGACGAUCAAGAGCGAAGCACGACAGACGCAGAUCAAGGAAGCGGCCAACUCGUACUGCGAUCAAGGCGUCGAGACGGAUCUCAAGCUGGCGGGCGAGGUGGCAGGAAUGAAGGUAUACCUGCACACGUCGCUCGAUGCUGCCUCGAUGCUGCAAGCCAAUGCAGCUGCGCUGGAACGCCUGAUCAACCGCGUCUAUAAGCCCGUGGGAAGCAUCUUUGGCCUUGACCCGCGAAGCAUGUACGUGUUUUGCGAUACGGCUGGCCCAGCGAUUGCAUUCAAUCGCGGCGGAGCCAUCUACCUCAACUUCCGGUACUACCUGGCGUGGCACGACGAGAUGGUCAAGCAGGGCAAGUUGGCGGAUCCGCUCGUGUCGACGUAUUUCAGUGUUGCGCACGAGAUCGCGCACAACGUGGUGGCAGCGCACAACGCGGAGCACGAAUGGUACUUUAGCGCGAUUGCGGAAAAGUAUAUUGUGUCGCUGGUCGAGUAUAUUGCGCGGGCGGAGGGUGGUGCGGGGAGUCGGGCGUAG